CAGGAUCGCCACGACUGAACUUCUGCUCUUGGUUUUUUUAUUGUAUCGCUUCAGUGUGAUUUCCUCCAAAUGACUUUGCCUCUGUGGAUAUUUGGGCUUCUGCUCAUCGGCCCAACAGGAGCACAUAGACUCAACCACUUUCCAGAAAAUUUUGUUGUGGCCAAAAGGGGUGAAGAAAAUACAGUCACACUGACCUGCAGUACAAAGAUCAACCAAACGGUCACAUGGAUUUUUGAGCAUUUUACGACAGAGCAUUUAGGGGACAGAGCCCAGCAGGACGGUCAAAAUCUGAAAUUGUCAGAUGUAGAUACACCCAUGCUGGGAGAAUACAGCUGCUGGAGAGGAGAAGAGAUGUUAUCAUCAACCCAUCUGUUGCUGGAGGCUUUGGAGGAAGAUGAAUUAGAUUCUUUGAUCAACUGUUCUGCAAAUUCUUAUGACUGUAAGUUCAGCUGCAACUGGACCAACCCUAGGUACACAGUGGUGCGCCUUGGACUUGGCCAUGACUGCAGUGAAGGUGUGAAGUCCUGCCACUGGGUCAACAGCAGUAAUCAGACGCAGGAUGGGGGAUUCCAGUUUCAGCUGUCCCACUCCCUCUCACCCUACGCUGAGGAAAGCACCAAGCUCGAACUCACUGCCGAGGCCAUCAUCAAUGACUCCUUCCUCAGGAGAACCAAGAGAUUUUAUCUCAGAGACAUCAUUAAACCUGAGAUACCCCAGGUUGUCACGUGUCAGGAGGUGGACCAGGACCUGAACGUGACCAUUUAUCCACCACCCAGCUGGUCCACUCCUCACAGUUUCUUCAGUCUGGAGCACCAGAUUGAAUACAGGUUACAAGAUGAUGGCAAGAUUGGAUACUCUUCAUCUUCUCUGAUACCGAAGAGGGUUAGCGAGCUGAGGGUUCGCUGCAGAGACUCCCUGGUGCUCUCAAAGUGGAGCAAUUGGACCCCUUGGAAAAAAGUCAUCUACAAUAAAUCCGGCACUGUCUGCUCCUAGUUUUUCUUUGUUUGUACAUGUCUACAAUUUUCUCUCAUGUCCUCUCACAUACCAUUUUUCACAAUGUGUUUCUGGCUGUCUCCCAUUGGCCAAGAGAUAACACAC